GUUAUUAUCUCAAUAGGCUUUGAUUUAUAUAUUCACACACGUACUCACUAUUCAUAUCAGAAAUAUUUUAAAAGAAAAGGGUAAAAGAACAGAGAAUAUAUAGGUAUCAAACCAUGUCAAGAAGUCUUCUCUCCAUUCGACUAUUUCUAUAUGUGGUAAAAGAAAAGCUCUGAUUAGACUCGGCUCCUGUGUCUGCUCAAUGCCACAACACCCUCCUUUUCCUUCUUCCUUCUGCUUGCUCUUGGCUCCUCUAUUCUGUGUGCUUUUGGAUUUUUGUAAUAAAGCCACCUCACAGAGGCAUUUCCAGGUAAGAAGUUAGAAAUAUGGGGGAACUGAGAUUAUUAUCAACAUAAGUCAUUUUCUUUUGCUUUUCUUUCCAUUUGAGAUUUUAUGAUAGGCAUCAGUACAUCUGCUUUUGUUGUCUUUUUGCUCUCUGUUACUGCAGGGUACCAUUCUGAGUCUGAGACCCUUGAUAUCUGUGAUCUUCUUUGGAGGUAUUCAAGCCGGGGAAAAGGGUUUCCACAGCUUCUCUUGCUGUGUCUUAGUUGGUUUUUUGGGUUGCGCACAGUAACAAUUUGAGAAAUCUGUGAAAAGCCCUGAUUCUUUUGGAGGGUAUUGAAACGAAGGCAAGGGAUCUUAGAGCAACUGGCAAUGACAGACUGGAAUGGUAUCAUGGGUAAGACCAGUGGUUUUGGUGGGAGCACAACUAGAGACGAGGAUUUUGAAGAGGAAGAUGUGUGGGGUUUUAUUAAGGAGAGGGAAGAUUCUAGUUGCAAGAUGAUGAGGAAAUCCAAAGACUACUCCUCUGGUUCUUCUUCUGCAUGGCGCCUCCCUUCUGUCCCAAGGAUGAUCCCAAGGGUUAACACUCCAACAACCCAUGAAGCCAAAGUGGUUCAACAAUCCUCAGCUCCCAUAGACAUUCCUGAUUGGUCCAAGAUUUAUGGGAAAGGUGCCAAAAUGGGUUCUAGGGAUGCUUCAUGGGUGGAUGAUGGGGAUGGUACUGGCAAUGGUGUUGCUAAUGAUGAUCAUGUUGACUAUCAUGGUGUUGGUGAUUACGAGGCUGAUGAUAAUGAUGAUGGUGAUAUGGUCCCUCCACAUGAAUGGAUUGCUAGGAAGCUUGCAAAGAGCCAGAUUUCAUCUUUCUCUGUGUGUGAAGGUGUUGGAAGGACACUCAAAGGAAGAGAUCUUAGCAAAGUGAGGAAUGCCAUCUUGACAAAAACUGGUUUCCUGGAGUAGCUUGCUCACCACUACUACUACCACACGAUCCAUCAUCAUCAUCAUCAUCAUCAUCAUAUUGUGCCAUUACUUCCAUCAAAUUAUCAUCAUUCUGAGCCAAGGUUCCCACAUAAUCUUUGUUUUUCUGUUUCUAAGUUUAAUUCUUGCUAGUAAUAGAGUGUGUGAUGUACUGGGGCGAGUGGAAAAUCCCUUGAAAAAAGUCAGAUCGAGCUGCCCCUUUUAGAAUGUUUUUCAGGAGGGGGGGAAAAAGCAUUGGCGGCCUCUGAGAUUUUGUCUGCAGGUAGUCGAGUAGAAUUUGUGCUUUGGCAAACGAAUGCAUGAUCUGCAUCAGGAAAAUGAAAAGUGAACGAAUUAGGUACUCUUCAUACGUUCCUAUCUUCUUUUGCUGCUUCUGCAACAUCUCUAGCCAAUUUUCAAUAUUUAUUAAGGGUUUUAUAACAACACUGUCAUGCAUGCUUAUUUGGUCUUCUUGAAUUAGACAUCCCCUUUUGUUUUACUGGUUGAAAGUUUCAACAUUACAUCAUGGAAUGCAUCCAGACCUCACCCUCGGCGCUACAUUUC